AUGAAUCGGCAAACUUCUAAUUUUUUUCUAAUUUUUUUUGUUUCAAUUUUACUUACAUUAUCUAUUACUAUUGAUGCUCACAUUAAUAAACACGUUUUUAUUAACAAACAUGCUAAUAAACAUGCUAACAAACAUGCUAAUAAACAUGCUAACAAACAUGCUAAUAAACAUGCUAAUAAACAUGUUAUUAAACAAAAAACUAAAUGCUCAACUUCAACACCAAUUCCGGUAUGUUCACCAUCUCCGGUAUGUUGCGAAUGUCGUGGAAGUCCAGGGUGGAAUGACAUAAUUCAUUCAGUUCUAGCGGAACAAUUAGUACAUAUUAGCAAUGCUUCUACUCCGCGAGAUUGUUGUAAUUCAUGUAUUGCAGAUCCGAAUUGCGUUUCAUGGUAUUAUAAUAUCAUUUCCGCUCCGCAAAUGGGGUGUCAGCAUGAAUUCAAUAUAAGUACUGCUGAUGCUUGUACAUAUCCCGAACAAGCACCAAGUUCUUUUGGUGAUGAAGGUGGUGUUAUUCGUUGCUAUGAUGGCAGUCAAUGCAAUUAA